CUCUAUUUCUCUCUCCCUAACACUUGACUUGAUCAUUCACCAAACACUGUCAUAUACUCACCCUUCCUUUUAGUUCCUCUCUCUCAUUCUCCUAUCUCUCUUUCAAUUCAAAUACUGAUGCUGUUUCAUCUACUUUCUUCAAUUUCUACACAUACUUCAAAACUAUACACUUUUUUCAGUUCUAAAGAUUUCUCAUCUUCCUAAGAUUCAAUCAAAAGCACCAAUAUUAUAUAAUCAUAUAUAUUACAGGAACAGACACAUGAGGCAGAAAAAAAUCAGAAGCUUGAUGUUGGUCAAUGAGAGUAUUCACUUCUUCACCAACUCAAUUCAGCUUUAAUGUUAGAGGCAACUUCUAAAAGUGCUUCUACUAGAGAGUAGAGACAGGCACCGAAGUUUUUUUUCUUGUCGAUUUGGUAUAGAGAACGAUAAACCAAAAUGAAGUUCAUGAAACUAGGGACAAAGUCGGAUACUUUCUACACCGAACAAGCUACGAGGACGUUGACAUCAGAAAUACCCUCAGAUCUUGUGAUACAAAUCAACGAUGUUACUUAUCUUCUACACCGGUUUGCGCUUCUUGCGAAAUGUGGACUCCUACAGAGGCUUUGCUACGAGUCUAGUGACUCGGAGAGUGCCACUGUGGAGCUUCAUGAUAUACCUGGAGGGGAAGAUGCUUUUGAGCUUUGUGCUAAGUUUUGUUAUGGAAUUUCAAUCAACAUUAGUGCUCAUAACUUUGUAUCUGCAUUUUGUGCUGCCAAGUUCCUUCGAAUGAAUGAAUCCGUUGAGAAGGGAAAUUUCGUAGGAAAACUCGAGUCUUUCUUCAAUUCAUGCAUUCUUGAAAGCUGGAAGGAUCCCAUUGCGACCCUUCAGAGUACUGCUACGUUACCAGAGUGGUCUGAGAAUCUCGGUAUUGUCAGAAAGUGCAUCGAUUCCAUAAUUGAGAAAAUUCUCACACCCUCACAACAGGUGAAAUGGUCCUUCACCUAUACCAGACCCGGUUACACGAAAAAACAGCAUCAUUCUGUUCCAAAGGAUUGGUGGACUGAGGAUGUUUCUGAUCUCGACAUAGAUCUUUUCAGAUGCAUAAUAAUGGCUAUUCGAUCAACCUACGUUCUUCCUCCACAGCUUAUCGGCGAAGCUUUACAUGUCUAUGCGUGUCGGUGGCUACCGGGAAUCACAAAGCUGAAUAAAAGUUCAGGCAGUUCAGCGUCUCAAACCGAAGAAUCUAAGCUGAAAAAUCGAAAAAUCCUUGAAACAAUCGUAGGCAUGAUUCCUGCAGAUAGAGGUUCUGUUUCAGUCGGGUUCUUGUUUCGACUUCUCAGCAUUUCAAUCCAUUUGAACGCCUCGUCCGUGAUAAAGACGGAACUAAUAAGACGAGCUAGCUUACAGUUUGAGGAGGCAACAGUGAGUGACCUUCUUUAUCCUUCGAAAUCGUCUUCUGAUCAGAAUUAUUAUGAUAUAGAAUUAGUUCUAGCAGUGUUGGAAACUUUCCUAAAGCUUUGGAAAAGAAUGUCCCCUGGUGCAGUAGAUAACAGCUACUUUUUGAGAUCGAUCAGAAAUGUCGGAAAACUCAUAGAUUCCUAUCUUCAAGUAGUUGCAAGAGAUGAUAAUAUGCAAGUCUCAAAGUUUGUUUCUCUUGCUGAAACCGUGCCGAGCAUUGCUCGAGUUGACCACAAUGAUCUAUACAAGGCAAUUGACAUCUACCUUAAGGUACAUCCUGACCUGAGUAAAGCAGACAAGAAGAGACUAUGUGGAAUUCUAGAUUGCCAAAAACUCACGCCAGAAGUGCGCGGCCACGCAGUCAAAAACGAGCUUCUGCCAUUAAGAACUGUAGUGCAGCUUCUGUACUUCGAACAAGAGAAAGAAUCUAUGGCAAACACCGGUCACAAACUGUUAAAACAACAUGAGAUGAUUCUAGGAGCAAAACAAAGAACAACUACAAAGGAUAGCCAAAGCAAGCAAUCAUUAGGAACCACGCAGAUUCUUGAAAGUCGAGAAAAAGAUCAGCACAGGACUAAAAGAAUGGAUGGAAAUUUGGCAGUAGAGAUGGACAAAAAGAUGGUAAUAAGAGGAAGAGACAUUGAAGAGAAAGAUGAAAGUAGUUCAAGCUACAAGUUGGAAGUUGAUCCUAAAAAUAUGAUAAGAAGGGCAAGAAGUAAAUCAGAACAUAGCAUCAAAAGGGCAGAUAGAGAAAAAUAAGUACUAGUAUAAUCUUUUGAAGAAUUCAAAGUUUAAACCUUUCUAUGUAUGCAAUUUGUAGCUUCAAUUCUUAUUUUUUUUACCUUAUCAUAAAUGUGAUAACUAAAUAAUCUUUGUACUGUCUUUCCUGUCAAGUUGUAUGUAGGGAUUUUUUAUUUUGAA